CUUCCCAUGUCCGCCCAAACCCUGGCUCAUCUCCCUCCCCUCCCGGUUUUGCUCAAUACCAUCGCCUUCAUGUACAGUAGCCAUUAGAGCUACCUGGGAAGGCAACGGCGGGAUCGCGGCUUCCCAUCUUUCUCAUCCUAACCAUUGUGGAAGAAUAUCAGCGCUGUGGACAUGGAUUUUGUUUCUGAUGCUUUGAAAAAACCUAAAAGGACUAAGAAAAGUUCUACGGGUAGUGAUUCAGUUGAGCCUUCGGCAAGGGAAGAUGAUUUAACGGAAGUGAUCGACAUUUCAUCAGCAGACCCAAGAAUGCGGCCAUGGAAACCAAUGAGUUCGUCAAAUUCUCUUGAAAAAGGUUGUGCAAUCUCUGCUCAGAAAAGAGUAGGAAAUGAGAAUGGAAGGAAUGAAGUUUUACUUUAUCCAGACGUGGGAAGCCCCUUCCCCUUUCAACGAAGUGAUAAGAGGUUCAGAGGGAAAGAAGUUGAGAGCAAGGGCAACCAUAGGCAGAACUUUCCUGUUCCGAGGUCAUCUUCAUCCAAUCGAUCAAUAAUGAGGAAGCCUGAUGAGAUCUCAAGUUCUUCAAAUAAGAAUAAAGAAUUUUAUUCUUGCUUUGAUUCUGGUUUGAACUCCAGAAUGAAACAGAAUGGGACUUUUUGUUUCAGUGAUCUGCAAGGAUUCCCAUCCAAUGAAUUAAACCCUAACCCUUCACAUUCUGAUAAUAUGAAAGGGAAACAGAUUUUGAAGGGUGAUUCUCCAAAUGAUAUACAUCAUGGCGAACCUACCAUUCGAUCCAACAGGCACGAAAUCAAUUCAGUUCUACAUCCUUACAGGGCUGCUUCAUUAUUUGAGAAAGAUUUGGUGAUCAUCGCAAAAGAGCAAGAUUCUUUUGAAUCCUACCAAAAUUUGGUUUGGCGGAAAACUCAAGAUUUAAAAUUAAAUAAGAAUCAAUUAUCACUUCCAUGUCCCAGAAAUGAUGUAAAAAACCAUUCCUCUUCUUACUUGUCUGAUUGGAGACAUGGAUCUGGUAUUGAAGAGAAAGAUCACGAUCAAGCAUUUUCUGACCCAGUGGGAAGCAGAAGGAAUCACAGUUGGAAAAAAUAUGUAAAGGGAGAAAAGAAAUGCAAUUCAUUACUCUCCAAUUCUGAUGAAACUUCAGGCUCAAUUUUAAAUCAACCAUCAAUUUCCCAAUUACAUUCUGGAACUUCAAAUUUGAAACUCGAAAAGAGCGAUAAAAAUAGAUUUCAUGGUACUAUAAUAGAUUUCCCAGUUACAAGUUGCGGCAAUUCUCAUGGACGACUGAGCAUUUCUGAUAAUUUCAGUGCUAAUCAAAUUGAAUCUGAUGAAACUUUUGCUCGUAAACUUCAAGAGCAGUUUUAUCGUGAAACUAUGGGGUUUAUAAACAUGGAGAAGGUAGAUGAAACAAUUGCAUGGUCAUUGCAACAGGACGAGGAUGCUAAAGCUGCUGCUAUGCCUUGGAAGGAUCAUUCUAAUUCUGUGAUAUUUGGUGAAAUUAGUAGUAACUUCAAUAGUGAAGUGGAUCUAGAGACGAGACUAGAUUUUUUGGAGGCAAUGGAAGAUGCACUGGAAAACAACAUGCUUGAGUAUGAUGAUAUUACAUCUAAUGAUUCUUUCAAUGAAACUGAUUAUGAGAUGCAGUUUAACCCUGAUGGGAGCAUUAUCCAGCAUGUUGGCUCUGCGGAAAUAAAUAGCCUUCCCGUAUCACUGAUUCAGAAUGAUAACAAUAAAGAAGCUUGUGCUGUAUGCCUCGAAAUCCCCUCUGUAGGCGAAACCAUGCGUCAUUUACCCUGCUUGCACAAAUUCCAUAAAAUGUGCAUAGAUGCAUGGCUGAAGAGAAAGCCUUCGUGCCCAGUGUGCAAACUCAACAUCACCUGAAGUUAAAACCGAGUAAAUCAGCUUUGUUUGUUUGAGAGUCGUGUUUGAACGCCGCUGCCAUACUUUUUCUCAAGCAGUAGUAAUUGAAUUUUACUGCCUAGCUAUGUCUAUUCAAGUUUUACAGAAGCUGGCAGAUUGAGCUUCAGUGGUCGCCGAUGGAGCAAAUGUACCAUUUUCUUCCAGCUUUGUUUAAAGCUACCGGAUCCUUUCCUGUUGUCA